AUGGCUAAACGACAGGCGAUAGAGGCAGUCGUUCGUACAUUCCAAGACAUUAUAGGUGUUAGUCUCCCAUUUGGUGGGAAGAUAAUGGUUAUGGGAGGUGACUUCAGACAGGUGUUGCCGGUUAUUAAACGUGGCACUCGAGCACAGAUUGUAGACUCCAGCGUACGAGUGUCACCUCUUUGGUCUUUGACUAAGAAGAUGCGGUUGACCAUAAAUAUGAGAGUGCUGAAAGAUCCGUGGUUUUCUAAAUUUCUUUUAAGAGUCGGCGAUGGAACUGAAGAACCAAUCGAAGGACACUAUAUUCGCAUACCCGAUGACAUGACAAUUCAGUGCAACAACAGAGAAAACGCUAUAAAAGAAUUGAUUCAUGCCAUCUUUCCAUCAAUUGAAGAUAAUGUAUAUUCUUCAGAUUAUAUAAUCUCUAGAGCAAUAUUGUCCACUAAAAAUGAGAGUGUUGACGAGAUUAAUAAUCAAAUGAUUGAAAUUUUUCAAGGGGAGGAAAAAGUUUAUUACAGUUUUGAUGAAGCUGAAGACGAUCAGCGUAACUUCUAUCCGGUCGAGUUCUUAAACUCGCUAAAUGUUAGUGGUUUGGCGCCUCAUAAGCUUCGUUUAAAAAUUGGAUGCCCAAUAAUAUUGUUACGUAAUAUCGAUCCAUCACAUGGCUUGUGUAAUGGCACGCGGUUGAUAUGUAAGGGUUUCAUGCGAAAUGUUAUUGAUGCGGAAAUUGCAGUCGGUCAACAUGCCGGAAAAAGAGUUUUUUUGCCAAGAAUACCUCUAACCCUUUCUGAAGAUGACAUGUUCCUAUUCAAGCUGAAAAGAAAACAAUUUCCAAUUUGA